AUGAUCAGAGAAGGUAUCAUCAAUGUGGUGAAAUAUUGGAAGGACGAUUUCUUACAGUGGAAUCCAAACGUUUACGAAGGCGCAACAGAAAUAUUUCUAUCGUCGGGCGAUGUAUGGAUACCGGAAUUCUCGCUUUACUACAGAGAUGCAAAAUUCCGACUUGGAAUAAUGACACUGAUGAGUAUGAGUGUUAUACUGCUGGCAAUCGUUGAGGAUAUGCCAAAGUUCAGCAUGUCAAGCACUCGACGGGGCAGAGGAUCAUUUUCUGGAAUACCACUAAUCGGUUUAUACUACUUUAUUCUACUGGCAAUAAUUGGACUGUCGACGGUGACCACAUCGAUGUUUGUGUUCCUUGAACGAGAUGUUCGAGUGAAGCAUCGGAUACCCUGGUAUCUCGGAUGGUUAUCCUUUGAUAUCACCAAUAAUAAACUUGCAAGAACUUUAACACUGAAAAGACACUCUGGUCAUGAACCUCUUUCAACGAUCAGCUCACCGUCACCUCGACAAAAUAUCCGAAAACGAUUGAGUAUCGCUCACUACGACAAUAUGUUGAUCUACCAAUAUUUCACACAAAUCCUCGAAGAUAUCACUAAAUCCGUGGCCAAAAUUGAGUGUGCUGUACAAGGAAUACGGGAGGAAAUCGUCUCACUGUUACCACAAGACGAUCUCUACAGUAAGUGGCAAACGGUAAUUCGUCGAUUGGAGUUGAUUUCGCUGAUGUUCUACAUAUCGUUGGUGGGUAUAACGGCGUUCAUGUUCUUCUAUCAUGACUGGUACUGUGCAAUUGGGCAUAACCCAUGCGGACAAUUGAAUCUCAAGUGUCCAUGGAUGCAAGUUGAACCGACACAUCCACACUGCCUUUGA